AUGUUUAGCUUCAGAAGACACUGUUCUGUUUUCUCUCCUUGCAUUCUGCGGAUAUCUCCUUUUUUGGGUCUUUCUUUCUCUAUACUCUGAUCUUCACAAAAUUCAUCUAUUAUACAAAACUAGAUACAAUACUUUGGAUAUUAUUAGUUAGAUUUAUUUUUCUAUGUUAUUUUUGCUAUUACAAUUUUUUACAAUUUGCUCGUCUGCCUGGACCACACAAUAUCAAGCAUGAACCUGCUUUAUAUCCUAUUACUCAUCCUUUGGUCAGCUUUCAAUAGUUCCAGCUCCUUCCUUAUCUACAAUGAGGAACACAACAAAUGUGUCUAUGCCGUGAGUGCUAACGUAGUGCUGACUGCUCCAUGCGAUGCAACUUUCAAAGCUCAGCAUUUCCAAUGGAUUUCCUCUUCACGAAUCAUUAGCCUCGCUUUUAGUCUCUGUUUAGGGUCCGAGAGGAAUGAACACUGGGUCAGAGUUGUCCUUCUGCCCUGCAAUGAAUCUAACCCUGAACAAACCUGGGAAUGUAAAGAUGAGACCUUGUUUGGAUUGAAGGGAGAGCCACUGUACCUGAACUAUGGAGGUUAUGAGCCAAAUAUGAUGUUGCAUACAGAUACAGAUUCUUGGAGUCGCUGGAUGAUUUAUGGGACUGAUGAAAAUUUGUGUUCUCGUGGAUAUCGAGAGAUGGCUAUUGAUCCAAAUGGGAAACCAUGCCAUUUCCCUUUUCACUUUGAUGGCCACUGGUUCUCUGAUUGCACUGUGUAUGGCAGAGGUGAUGGUCUGCUGUGGUGUGCCACAGUCAAAAAUUACAACGCUGAUCAACAGUUUGGCUUCUGCCACCCAAGAAAUGCCCCAGUGCCCAGCAUCACAGUGUUCAGGCAGAUGCAGGACAAAGAGCAUGUGAUGGUGAUGUGUUCAUUUGGCAGGAGGUUCAUUGAGAGCUCUUUCCAGCUGUCAGUGAAGGGUGAACACAACUACACACUGAAGAACCCACUGUGUUAUUCAAAUGAAAAGUGUGUGUUUGAUGUGAAAGUGAGCUCAUCUGUUUCCUUCACCUGUGUGCACGAGCUGAAUUCACUGGUGAGCCAUCGCAGUGAGACCUACACGGAUGAUUAUGAGGAAGGAGUAUCUUCAAUCUACAUCUGCCUUUUCUCCUUCAUUGCUGUUGGUCUCGUCAUCAUGACUGUGGCACUGAUCGUGACCACCAUCAGGAGCAAUGCUUAAGGUUUCAGGAGUUACUCAGAUUAAAAUCAAGAAAUUAAAAUAAUGAAAAUGCAUACACAAUGUGCUGAGAACAUCUCAACAUGUUUUGUUAUGCAUUUCAUUUAAUUAUUUCCUUACAAGUAACUCAAAAAAAAAAAAAAAAAAAAAGACUAACAUGUAGCUGUUGAUUUUCUGAGCUGAUAGCUUAUAACUGUAAUGGCAUUACAUGCUCAAUAUAGUUUCUGCAUGCAUUUCUAUAUUAAAAUCUCACACCAGUUGUUGGUGUGAGGUGCAUUUUGACAUGCAAUGCUAUUAAAGACAAAUUUGGCAUUGUAUGAUAUGAGAUUUGGUUUUAGGCUAAGAGUGUCCUGACUGUGUUUCUGAUGAAUUUGAGUUCAGGAUUAGAUUUGAUCUUUAUAUUCAGUAGUUUUUCAGCACACAGACUAACCCAGUGAACUCAGACUCCAUCAACUCCACCACAAUUGUUACCAACGAUGAGUAUUAUUUGCACGAUAUGAACAAAUAAUCAGAAGACUUUCUGAAGAGGGAAGAGCAGACCUGAAGAGGAAAAGCAAACUUUUACUAAAACAUAUGUGAACUAUUCAAUUAACCAUUCAAAUAUAGUCAUCUUGCCAUGCAGUUUUGGGAUGUUUUAACCUUCUGACUUCAGUCUGUAAUUCACACAGCAUGAUGUGUGAGGGCUCACACACUUCUGAAACAAUGUUUUAAAAAGUGUUUUUUCUUCUACCGAACACAAAAGAAGAUUUUUUUAAGAAUAUGGGCAACCAACCAAAUUAUUUUAAUGGGGAAAAAAUACUAUGGAAGUCAAUGAAGCCCAUCAACUGUUUGGUUAUCAACAUAUUCAAAAUAUCUUCUUUUGUGUUCAGCAAAAGAAAGAAAUUCAUACAGGUUUGGGACAACUUGAGGGUGAGUAAAUGAUGACAGAAUUUUCCUUUUUGGGUGAACUAUCCCUUUAAAGUUUACAGCCCUAAUUAUAUUACAUGAUUACUUUUUUUAAAAAAAAUUAAACAAUGUGAAUAAUUGGUUGAGAUUUUCAUAUUUUACAUGAUGCAAUUUUAGAACUGUGUAUCGCACCAACUUUAUUCAUUUGUGUGUUUAGAUAAAAAUAAAAUUAAUUCAUAAAAAAAUAAA